UGGUAAACUUGUUAUCCUGAUAAUAAUGAUGGAGCUUAUUUAGGAAAAUGAAAAACUCAUUUUAUCCUCAACAUGAUGAAAUUUCGAAAGUUGUACGUGAUUUCUGAGUAAAAAAAUCGUAUUAUUAGUGUUUGAUUCGUGCGAUUAGAGUUUCACCUAUCGAGAGUGUACUUGCUUUUUGUAUACAAUUGAAAGUGAAAAUUGCAGACAUCAGCUGAGAGCAAUUAAACCAAAGGCUUCUCCAAGUCGCGUUAUUCAUUGUCUAUUUCAAAAUUAUCUUUAAGGUGGCAUUAAAACAUUCAAACUGGAUAAACUACCUGAGUAUAUCCGCGAUAGCGUGGACUGGUUAUUAGGCUGAACUUGAACUUGCUAUUGGUCAUUUUAUGGUAUUAUGUGGUUGAGUAGAGCUAUAGGGCGAGUUAAAAAUGACCACCCUGUCCGAGUUUUGCCUAUUGAAGCUGAACAGACCAUUUCAUGCUUUUGUCGCAAAGCCAGGCGCAAAGAAAAAGAAGGAAAUGAAUCUUCUAGCACUGAAACUAAAUUGUAUUUAGAGGCUGCGGUGCUCGAGCGUAAGCUACCUGACAUGGACUUGAGGUUGUUAGUAGAUUUACCACCAGGUUUAGAUUAUAAUGAAUGGCUGGCUUCUCACACAAUGGCUCUAUUCGAUAAUGUGAAUUUAGUAUAUGGAACCGUUAGUGAAUUUUGUACACAAUCUGGAUGCCCCGACAUGACAGGCCCCGGUCAAAGAACUUACCUGUGGUUUGAUGAGAAGGGUAAGAAAACUAAGGUUGCAGCUCCUCAGUACAUUGAUUAUGUGAUGACAUUUAUUCAGAAGACUAUAAGUGAUGAAAGUAUUUUUCCUACGAAAUAUGCAAAUGAAUUUCCCUCAUCUUUUGAGUCAAUAGUAAGAAAGAUAGUACGCUUGUUGUUCCACGUGGUCGCGCAUCUCUAUGCGGUCCACUUCAAAGAGGUUGUAAUGUUAGGGCUGCACGCUCAUCUCAAUCUUACUUUCGCUCAUUUAAUGGCUCUCCAUCACAGAUUUUCUCUGAUUGAGACGAAAGAGACUGAGGUACUGAAAGAUCUCGAGAUUGCUCUCAAACUCACUGACGAAGUGAACAGUGAGGCGGCAAAUAACAAUGAGAAAGGAAAUGACAAAGAUGCACCUGGUGAUAGCAGUAGCACAGACUCCAAAACACAUUCAAAUGAUGAUAAUGUGUGUAAGUUGAUUGGAGGUAGUGACAAUAAAUAGUAGCUCGAACAGAAGGACCUUUUGAUAAUGUGAUCGAGAUGGUUCAAUAGAAUGAUUUCUGCGGACCCUUUAGUAGCACAUGUGAUUUUGAAAUAUAGACUUUUAUCUCUUUAUUUAGCGCUACUGUUUUAUUUAUUGUUUUAUUUACAUUUUAAUUUUUUAUAUUGCAGAUUUAUUGCUGAGAAACAAUAAAUUCCUGAUGUAUUUGUAAUUGUUUAGCUAGAUCGGCUUAUGCUACAGAUACAGCAAAUGUUUGAUGAUCCAUAAAUGUAGCCCACAUAAGUAAUUCAAAAUUAUUCGAAUAAUCGCAUCUUUUUUAAAUAAUAGUAUAUUAAAUUAGGUUGGAUUUUUUAGGUAUAGGGAGAGAAAAAUUAAUGGUUCAUUGUUUCGUUCUUGCACAUGGCAUAUUUCACCUAAUGCGGAGUACAGAUGACAGUUUUUUCACAUUUAGACUUACCUCAUUUCGCAUUCGACCAACAAUUUUGACAAUUCGAUUGUCAAAAUCUUUGGUUGCCAUUGGUUACUGCAGAGCAGGCAAACUUUUAAACGCCGUUCCUAAGAAACGGGUUGCCUACCCAAACUGUAACCAAUGACAACGAACGAUUUUGACAAUUUGUUAAUGCCCUAUUUGUUGCAGUGACAGAUAGUUCGAAUUUUCUGUCACUGCAAGAAAUCAGCAUUCAUCUAUACUUGGCAUAGGGUGAAAUGUUUCAGAUGUCUUAAUUUCAAGAAAAUUAAUUUCUGAAUUCUGGGAUUUUCAUAAAUAUGACAUUUUCCAGUGCAAAAAGUGAUUUAGUGGAAUUUGGUUCCUAGAGAUUUCAAUAUUUUGUUUCAUUAGUGUAUUGAUAACACAAAUUCAGAAUAAAUGAUGUGUUGCACCAAAAAGGAGCUGCCGUGAUGGAAGUUGUAUGGAUAAUUUUUUUUUAAACCAUAUGAAUUGAUGAUUUUAUUGGUUGCCAUUCAGAUGAUUUUUUUUUUUGUUACUUUGGGUGGGCUAAUUGAUUCAGGUUUUUUUUAUGAAUACGCUGUGAACAAAGAUAAGUAAGAAGUACUUAAAGUAGGAACUGCAAAGAGAUGAAAUUUAGCGAAAAGUUUCGAAGAUAUAUAAAUCAACUAAAAAUAUUCACUAGAUAUUUCCUAUUCUGUGAAACACGAAUGCUAAUUAGCAGCAGGUAGAACGCGCACUUCCAAAUUUGAGUUGUUCAUUAGAAUAAGUGAAAUGAGUAGUAAUAAUAAUUUGCAAUUUCUUUUAGGAUGUUUUGCUAAUGAUGAAAUUUCCGUUUGUUCUGUAUAUCAUAUCCUGCAGUUUGGCUUUCUAUUUCCGGUUUAUAAAAAUUUAGAUGAGCAUACAGUAAACAGAUGUGUAAGUUGUUGUUUUAUAUUUGACACAUUUAGUUUCCUAUGAUAUAAUGUUAUCGUGAUAAAUGAUUCCUCUAAUUAUUUUAUGCAGAAUAAAUGUUAAAUGUGAAGAAGUUGUCACUUCUCACAGAUUCGCUAGAAGUGUACACUUUUUAUGUCCAUAAACAAAACGGAUAUUGUGGAUUUUUACAGUAUACUUUUAUUUCCGUCACAUGUUUAAUGUCUUCUUGAAUUCAAUUUCUCGUAUCCACAUCAGUAAGCAACAUUUUUCAAAUCUAUAAGUGGUUCGAAUAAGGCAUGUUAGAUUUCUUGUUGGUGAAAAACUAUUCUUCCAAGGUUAAACUGACACUUUCGAUGUAUUUUUAUAUGAAUUUGGAAUUAAAUAGAAUCCAUCCAAGAAUCAAUUCUGCAAUCUGUUAAUGAUCCAUAAUAACUCCGUGGAACUUUGCCCUUUUGUGAGUUUAUCGAUACAGUUCAUCGAUUCGUCCUUUUACAAUUAUUUCGUUUUAUUCAUUGUAUAUAGAAUAGAGUUAAUGUAACAAUAUAUUUUUGGCACUCUCAAAAACGUCUAGACUCCCUUCAAUUACAAAAUAGAUUCAAAAUCACAACAGAAUUUCGGAAAAUAUUAUAAAAAAUACAUAUUUAAGGAACUGGUUAUCGGAUAUACCUUUGUAUGAUAUGUUUCUCUACCUGUUUAUAGGGAACAGAUCGUUAUUCCCUGACUUGAAACAAUUAUUUCAAUACAAGGGUAUAUUGACACCUUAUAUAACAUGGUAAUGCUUCUAAAUAUCAAGUUUUUUCCAAAUAUGGCUCUUGAUAUGCACACCAGUUAUGCAAAAACACAUUUGUAUGUUGCUUUAUGGAGGAAUAUUAUUUUUGAAGUGAAUGUACAGUGUUAUUGUUCUCACUACUGAUUGUAAAUAUGUAUUUGAAGAAAGAGGUUUUAGUUUGUUAUUUACUGAAUUCUGUAAACGGCUAUUAGAAAAUAGCACUUGUUGAAGGAUAAAUAAUCAAUUCUAACGUUGAA